CCACGUGGGAUCGGUCUCCAUAUUAUUACAUUUUUGGCGUGCUUUCGAAAUACUGCAACAGGCCAGUGAGGCCACUGGUUCCAUCCUGACAGGGCGGACGCAUGUGGUCAGUGUCUGGAUUAACCGCACAACCUUUCUGAAGUGACCACUGCGUACACGCACUUCCUUCUUUUUCCAAGCUGUCAUUCUGGUAAACGACGCGUUCCUGUCUUGGGACCCUCCUAUCGCUCAGAUUGAAACGGCGUCAGGACAACACGAUUUGUGAGAUUAAAAAGGAGCGUUUCGGAGCACACAGGAAUCAGACAUUUUGGGCGGUCUCACUCACACACGCGAGGCGAGAUUUCGUGGAAGAGGAAUAUCUCGGGUUUCCGCGUGCGGCUUUUUGCGUUGGUGGAGAUCAGCUGGCCAUUCUCAGAGCUGAAAUAUGGAAUGUGUUCCCCUGCAGGCCCAGAGAAACUCUCUUCUGACUGAACCCCAAACGCCCAGUUAGCACUCGGCUGCCCCCCCCUCCCCUUUCCCUUCCUCGUCCCAGAGAGCUCCUGCACCGGAGAGCACAGGGUCCUCCUGCACAGCCAGAGGAGCACAGAGAGAGAGAGAGAGAGAGAGAGAGAGUCUGUUAGCGGAACGCCCUUUCUGAGCGAGCGCAAGGCCUCACACUACAUUUCGGCGUAGACGUUGGACCGGCGAGAGGAGGCAAAGAUGGAUAUGGAGGCGUACCUGUGGAUGGUGGUGGUGGGCUUCAUCAUCGCCUUCGUCCUGGCCUUCUCCGUGGGGGCGAACGACGUGGCCAACUCCUUCGGCACGGCGGUGGGCUCGGGCGUGGUCACCCUGCGGCAGGCCUGCAUCCUGGCCUCCAUCUUCGAGACGCUGGGCUCCAUGCUGCUGGGCGCCAAGGUGGGCGAGACCAUCCGGAAGGGCAUCAUCGACGUCAACCUGUACAACGACACCGUGCCCGUGCUGAUGGCCGGGGAGGUCAGCGCCAUGGUCGGGUCGGCUGUCUGGCAGCUCAUAGCUUCCUUCCUGAAGUUGCCCAUUUCCGGGACACACUGCAUUGUGGGAUCCACCAUCGGGUUCUCUAUGGUGGCCAUUGGCACCAAGGGUGUGCAGUGGAUGCAACUGGUGAAGAUCGUUGCUUCCUGGUUCAUCUCUCCUCUCCUCUCUGGUCUGAUGUCUGGGUUCCUGUUCUUCCUGAUCAGAUACUUCAUCUUGAACAGGGACGACCCUGUUCCCAACGGCCUACGCGCUCUACCUCUGUUCUACGCCACCACCAUCGGCAUCAACACCUUCUCCAUCAUGUACACUGGAGCUCCCCUACUGGGUCUGGAGAUGCUGCCAGUUUGGGCGAUAGCUCUGAUAACGCUGGCAGGUGCGCUGUUGUGUGCAGCCGGCGUCUGGUUCUUAGUGUGCCCGUGGAUGAGAAGGAAAAUCGCAAGUCGGCUGAAGAAGGAGCAGGCCCUGUCCCGCAUUUCGGACGAGAGCCUGGAUAAGAUCCCGGAGGAGGAGGAGGUGCCGGUGUUUAAGGAGCUGCCGGGGGCCAAGGGCGGAGACGAGGCUGUGGUCCCCCUGACUGGCCGAGCGGCCGAGGCUUCGGCUGAGCUGAGCGGCUUAGCCAAUGGGGGCACAGUGCUGCCCAAUGGGCGGGUCUAUGGGAGGACCCACUCCAUGACCAACGGCUGCCUGAAGUCCCCGGUGUCCAACGGCAGCUUCUCGUUCGACGGGCACAUGCGCAGCGACGGGCAGGUCUACCACACGGUGCACAAGGACUCCGGCCUGUACAAGGACCUGCUGCACAAGAUCCACCUGGGUCGCCUGGACGACGACGGCGGGCCGCGGCCGGCCGUCGAGAACUACCGCGCGCUGCGCCGCAACAACAGCUACACGUGCUACACGGCGGCCAUCUGCGGCAUGCCGGUGCAGCCGCUGCUGCGCAGCGAGAGCGCCGCCGCCGCCGCCGCCGCCGAGGACAGCGAGAAGCUGGUGGGCGACAGCGUCUCGUACUCCAAGAAGCGCGUGCGCUACGACAGCUACUCCAGCUACUGCAACGCCGUGGCGGAGGCGGAGAUCGAGGCGGAGGAGGGCGGCGUGGAGAUGAAGCUGGCCGCCGCCGGCCCGCUCGGCGGGCCGGAGCCGCUGGACGACCCCGCCGACGAGGACAAGGAGGAGAAGGACAAGCCGCAGGUCUUCCUGCUCUUCCACUUCCUGCAGAUCCUCACCGCCUGCUUCGGCUCCUUCGCCCACGGAGGCAACGACGUCAGUAACGCUAUUGGCCCCCUGGUGGCGCUGUGGAUGAUCUACGAGCAGGGCGGGGUGAUGCAGGAUGCUGCCACGCCCAUCUGGCUGCUGCUGUAUGGGGGUUUGGGAAUCUGUGCUGGUCUGUGGGUGUGGGGGCGCAGGGUGAUUCAGACCAUGGGGAAAGACCUGACCCCCAUCACCCCCUCUAGUGGGUUUUGCAUUGAAGUAAUGAGUGCUCUAACUGUGCUUGUUGCCUCAAAUGUGGGCAUCCCAAUAAGUUCCACUCACUGCAAGGUGGGCUCGGUGGUGGCGGUGGGCUGGAUCCGGUCCAAGAAGGGGGUGGACUGGCGGCUGUUCCGGAACAUCUUCCUGGCCUGGUUCGUCACCGUGCCGGUGGCCGGCCUCUUCAGCGCCGCCGUCAUGGCGGUCUUCGUGUACGGCAUCCUGCCCUUCGUCUAAACGCCCCGCCCGAGGAGGGAGGGAGGGAGGGAGGGAGGGGCGGAGGGGAGAGAGAAUGAGAGUGUGGGAUCACGCGCUACCUGGAAGACCUCCAGAAUAUUUGGGUUCUGUCUUUUUUAUUUUACUUUGGGCUGUUAUUUAUUUUAUUUCGGCCUCUUACGAAAGAAACACGGUGCACACCAAAUAAGUUUAAUCUUCCAGUUCUCCCUGCUGUACAGACAACAGUAUGUGUGCGAGUUAUGAUUUAUCAUUUACGGUUAGGGUGUGUGUGUGUGUGUGUGUGUGUGUGUGUGUGUGUGUGUGUGUGAGAGAGAGAGAGAGAGAGAGAGUGUUAGAGAGGGUGUGAGAGAGAGUGAGAGUCGGUAUACACUAAAAUGAAAGGGUUCAAUUAAAGUAAUACACAACAAGGUUGUGUGUUUAUACACACGUGUGCACAUUCAUUGACGUACAGACAUGGCACGUAUUGCAGCUAUAUAUAGAUGAUAUAUGCACAUACUUAUUUAAUCAGUUUUAUUGCUGUUGUACUGAACAGCGUAGUAGCCCUGAAGCAGCUGUAAAUAUUACAUCAUCUCCUGUGGGAUGGCCCCGCCCUCCAUGCCAGUUGCCAUGGUAAUGGUACAACUCCACACCAUUGGGUCAGGGGGAGUUAAUUGGAUUGUGCGAUGCAUUACUGUAAUUGUAGUUUUUCAGCUCUCUGUUGCCAUACACAGUAAAAGAGGUAUGCAAGAGGUUAUGUGUGUUUUAAGAUGGAUUUCAUAUUUUAAUAAUGUAUUAUACUGUAAUUUCUACUGUAAAUACUUUCCUCUGUGUUUUUUUUUCUUAUCCUUUUGUUUUUGGCUCCAUUUUUUCAUUUUGGGGACGGUCUCCACACGAUGCAUCCCAUGAUGCAGUUGUGCAGUAAUGCAUGUAAGAUAGGGAGGGUGGGGGGUGGGCAGCAUUGACCUGUUAUAUCUGCCUCGCUGACUGACUGACAGUCCUUGGUCUCUCACACACCGUGACAUCAGCACACUGACACUCGCACACGCUCACGUUUUUAUUAAAUUCAUAUUUGAAUUGGGCCUUGUCAUUAUUAAGUGAAAGAUGCCAUUUCUUUCAUGUUAUGCAGUGCGGUUUUCCCUGGGAUGGUGUGAGCGGUGCUAACGUGCUAGCGUCAGACAGGUGACGCACGCUGCACCCUACAGAACACAAUUUCUGCCCUUAAAAAGAAACGUUUUACCAAAGAUCCGGAAGAAUCUUUCGCCACCAGUGCUCCUGGAAAAAAAAAAGCGCCUUUGAAGUGUAACCACUGGCUUCCCAAAUGUAGGAGCUGCAGAGGGGUGUGUGUGUGCACACGUGCAUGCGUGUGUGUCUGUCUGUGUGUGUGUGUGCACGCGUGCGUGCGUGUGUGUGCUGGCACUCAUCAUUACCUGUAGAGAUCUGUGUGCAGGUGCUCAUGCCUGUUUGGAUGUUUGAAAAUGUACAUGUAAUUGUUACCCCACCGGUAGAGUGUGUGCAGGUGUGUUACCCCGCAGGUAGAGUGUGUGCAGAUGUUACCCCAGAGAAAGAGUGUGCAGAUGUUACCCCAGAGAAAAAGUGUGCAGGUGUGUUACCCCACAGGUAGUGUGUGGUGUGUUACUCCACAGGUAGACUGUGUGCAGGUGUGUUACCCCACAGGUAAGCUGUGUGCAGGUGUGUUACCCCACAGGUAGACUGUAUGUGCAGGUGUGUUACCCCACAGGUAGACUGUGUGCAGAUGUUACCCCACAGGUAGGCUGUGUGCAGGUGUGUUACCCCACAGGUAAGCUGUGUGCAGGUGUGUUACCCCACAGGUAGACUGUAUGUGCAGGUGUGUUACCCCACAGGUAGACUGUGUGUGCAGAUGUUACCCCGCAGGUAGACUGUGUGCAGAUGUUACCCUGCAGGUAGACUGUGUGCAGGUGUGUUACCCCACAGGUAGAUUGUGUGCUGGUGUGUUACCCCACAGGUAGACCAUAUGUGCAGGUGUGUUGUGGACAGGAAGGUGUGUGUGUGUGUGUGUGUGUACACGUGUGCGUGUCUCCCUUCUGAGGUUUCCUGCGGCCUGUUAUUUCUGCUCUGUUCUUCCACUGGGGCAUUUACUGUAGGCUAAAAACCGGCUCCGAAAUGGAUCUCCUUUAUUUAGGGAGUCAGACGGGGAAGGACACAUUUACGUCACAUUUCAUAACCCCAGGUGGUGCUGUAACGAUGUGUGAGAGACUGGUUACCAUGGCGAUGUAGUGGCAGAGGAGUUGUGAUUGGUGUUAUCUGGAGAGGGGUGAGGCCCUGUCCUGCCAGCAUGUCCCUAUAAUGAGACACGGUCCUGUGUAAUAUCAGCAUUUCCCCACAGUGAAACUGAUCUGUGUGAUAUCAGCAUAUCCCCAUAGUGAAACUGAUCUGUGGGUGAUAUCAGCAUAUCCCCACAGUGAAACUGAUCUGUGUGUGAUAUCCACAUAUCCCCACAGUGAAACUGACCUGUUUGAUGUCAGCAUAUCCCCACAGUGAAACUGACCUGUUUGAUGUCAGCAUAUCCCCACAAUGAAACUCGUCUGUAUGUGAUAUCAGUAUAUCCCCUCAGUGAGGUGCAGUCCUGUAUGUCAGGAUAUCCUGCAGUGAGACUCUGACCUGUAUGAUAUCAGGAUAUCCCUCAAUGAGACAUCUGUCUUGUGUGAUACCAGCAUAUCCCCGCAUUAGAACGUUGUCUUAUGUGAUAUCAGCAUAUCCUCCCAUUGUGACACAUUGUCCUGUGUGAUAUCAGCAGGGAUGGCCUGGGAUGGCCGACAGAUUCAUAUCCCCCUCAGUUAAAGGAGUGAAUUCUCUUGAUCCUUACGAGUGCGUUGUUCAGCGUAUGGACAGACACAAGCCCAGGUGUUUCUCAUAUUGUGACUUUAUGUUCAUUCUCUCUCCUGUUUGGACAGAUCUUUCCCAUGGCCUUGUAAAGCUGUGUUUAUACUUUGUGUUGUAUACAGUAGGCAGUGGUGUUAUCAAUGCAACUGUGUAGUAACUAUGUAGUAACCGUGUAGUAGUGUAGCUCAAACCCUUGCCUAAAGAUGCCAAUGAAAGAAAACGAUUGAUAAGUGCAAGAAUAAAAAACGAGUUUCAUUUUUGCUUUUUUUUUUGUAGUAAUAAUGAACCAUUUCACUACUGCGGUCUAAUACUAAAGUUAUAUGUAUGAGUGCAUUUCAGUAAAUAUUAAAUAGAUAAUAAAUUUCCAUCUGACUAUAUUUUUCUACCAUAUCUGAGCUGAACCGGAGUGAUUGAUAACAAGGCUGUCUUCAGGUGUGUGGAGCCUGUGUGCGCUUGCCGAUAGACCAGUCUUUAUUUUUUGAAUUCUAUACGAAGCACUUUGUAAUUUUGUUUCCCACUGGCUGCAUUGCGCUUUUACACCAGGUGCUCUGAGGAGGAGACCCCUCCGAUUGCGGCUGUACAGUAUUCUGCUCUUAGACACAAUAAUACUACUGCGCACUUAAUACUCAAUUGUCCUUUUCGAAGGGACUUUUACCUUAGUAUUGAGUGUUUGUUUCUAUAGCAACGAGCAGGUUCCUGGCGCAGUGUGGGGUGUUGUCCACAGGGGGCGCUGCGUGUGCUACGUUCGUAGGGGUGCGGUGAAUUGCCUCUGGCUCACUAACGCACUCCCAGCAGUCUCAAACAGAUGUUGGGCUGACAGAGAAGGGUGGAGUAUUAACAUAAUCACUUGAUAAUAAUCUAUGCCAACCGCCUGUGAUGUAGGUAUUGUAGGACACAUGCUCUCACAGGCACGGGGGAACUGUGUGCACUUCAGUUCUAAAACCAUCUCGUUCCGUCUUUCCACAACUAGCAGCCAACUCAUCUCCAGGGUUUUGGUGUUGUGACGUCAGGGUUCAGUAAAGUUGAAUCGUGACUCUACAGCAGCGGUUCCCAACCCUGGUCCUGGAGACCUACCUGUCCCGUGGGUUUUCAUUUCAACCCUAAUUUGGCACACCCGAUUCUACUAAUUAGCAGCUCGAUGAGAACACUACCUAGCUCCUGAGUGAGAUCUGCGUUGCUAGCGUUGAAAUUGAAACCGACAGGACGGUAGCCCCUCCAGAAACAGGGUCCGGAGCCACUGCUCUACAGCUUGGUCCCGUUGUUAUCUGAUGGGUAUAGUCUUUAUUCAGUCGUAUCGUAGACUUAACGCUGAGCUCACGGCUCUGUAGUUUCGUACCGUUCUGCCCUCCUGCAGCUCUGUGUUGUCGCUUUAUUUUUAUCGUCUGAGAAUUCUGGGCUGUAUACUUACAAAACUCUUAUGAUUUGCAUAUAUAAUGUACUGUAUUUUUAUUUUUUGUUUUUUUUUUAAUGUUUUUUUUUUGGUGAAAAUUGUCAGCAUUUAGAAGAAUUAAAUUAUGGGAAUUAAAAUUACAAAGAAUGCCAAAACCCCAA